AUGCUACUACGUUGCCUUCUCUUCAUAUUAUUUACGAGCGUCGGCUCGCUGAAAAUUCUCGUCUACUCGCCGGCAUUCGGUGGAAGUCAUACUAACUUUAUGGCGCGAUUGGCCGACGUGCUGACCGAAGCUGGGCAUAACGUCACAUUUUUGGUGCCUGUUGGAGACGAGGCUCGAAAAAAUCAACUCGGCGUCAAAUUAACAAAGAAUGUGGUUGUUGUCGAAAGGGAUGAGCACAUGAUCAAUGCGAAUGUUUCCGAAAUGGACCAUGAGAUGAAGAACAUGUGGUUAUUGGAUCAGGAUCCCGACGAGGUUUCCGAGAGCUUCAAGUUCUUCGAAGGCAUUUUUCUAGAAAUGUGUGCAAAUUUAAUGCGCAACAAACAGAUUUUCGAUGAACUGAAAUCGAGACAUUUUGACGUCGGAAUCUUGGAACCGAUUUCAUACUGUGGAUUAGGAUACAUAAACAAACUUGGAAUCGACAAGACAAUAUUGGCAUCUUCCACAGUAAUGUACGACAAUAUUCCGAUUAUUUGCGGAGAAGAUCUUGAGCCGAGCCAUCAUCCGUCUCUGUUGGCAACGAGUUCCGACGAUAUGAAUAUAAUUGAACGCUAUCACAACUGGAGAAUGAUGAAGAUUAACAUCGAUUCGGCUGAGAGAAUGUUCAACAAGGAGCUUGAGGUCUGCCGACAAUAUUUUGGUGAUGAUAUGCCGCAUUGGAGGGACUUGUUUCCAGCCGCCUCAAUUAUGUUCACAAAUUCCAAUCCGUUUAUGGAUUUCCCGCGGCCAAUGCUUGCCAAAACAGUUCCCAUCGGCGGAAUUUCUGUACAGUUGAAUAAGAUUCGAGAAGCCAAAUUGGACGAUGAGUGGGACGAGGUGCUCAACAGACGGCCGAAGACUGUUCUAGUCUCAUUCGGAUCCAUGACAGCCUCGUCGGACAUGCCGAAUAGUUGGAGGGAGAACAUGGUAAAAGUGUUCGAAUCAAUGAAGCAAGUAACAUUUAUUUGGAAGUAUGAGACUGAUGAUCUGGAAUUCGCCAAGGGAGCUGAUAAUAUUUAUUUCUCAAAAUGGGUCCCGCAGCCGGCCCUUCUAGCUGAUCAUCGAUUGUCCGCAUUUUUGACUCAUGGCGGUCUUGGAAGUUCAAACGAAUUAGCAUAUUGUGGAAAACCCGCCAUUCUUGUUCCUCUGUUCGGCGAUCAAUAUAGAAAUGCAAAAAUGCUCGCCAGGCAUGAGGGCUCGAUUAUUGUGAAGAAGACAGAUUUGGAAAAUUCGAGCAUUCUUAAAGACGCUUUGAUCAAAAUUUUGCAUGACGAUUCGUAUACGAAACAUGCUCAACAUUUAGCGGAGCAAUUGGAGCAUCAGCCUGUCAAACCAAAUGAGCUUCUCGUCAAAUACACCGAAUUCGUCGGAAAAAUGAAGAUUGAAAAUCAGUUUGACUUCAAAUCAAAAUGGGCACUAAUUGUUUCGGUGCCAGAUGUAGACGAAGAAAAGCGGCAAAAAAUCGCCGAAUUUUCGAAAUGGUUUAUGGAAAAAUUGCAAUACGAAGGCUCUCAAAUUGGCCAUCAUUUCAAUUAUGAGGCACUGCCAACCGAGACAAUUGAAACCAUAGUGAAUGAUUUGGAGUCUUGUACGAAUGCGUAUCGACAACUUCAAAAACAGCAUCCACAAGUGACCUUGGUGAUCCAUCUUCUUCCCCAAUUGAGCUCCAACGAAUACGAGUGGAUGAAGCUGUUGUCGCAAAGAUACGGACUUUUGCGACAAGGAGUUCUCUUCGAAAACGCUAUGAAUCGUUUUGAAAAUGUGGAACUUAGUGUUGAGGCUAUUUUCAGAAAUAUGUGUCACUGGAUUUAUCGCAGCGGUUUAGCAAUGGUUCGCGGAAACAACUGCGGGCUUCUAAUUGGCGAGGGAAAGAAACCAACUUUUGACAAAGUUUUGUUCAACUCUGAUGAUAUACGCUAUGCUGUAACAAAGGGUCUCCACUCGUGGGAUCUUCCCGUUGGAAAUGAGUGUGAAAGUGCUAUCAUGAUUGCCGGAUUUCCCGACAUUCUUAAUUCAUUUGGUGUCGCUCAACUUCUCGCCCCGUUCCGUGUAAUUAAUGUCACUAUGAACGGACCAAGAGAAGCGACCGUAACACUUGAGAACAAAUUUCAAGCGUAUCAAGCUGCUCGCGUCUUGAAUGGAAAACAGCUCAGUCGAAAUGAUACUCUUUCGGUUGAGGCACUUGGAAAAGAGGUCUCGCAACGACUUGCCUUAUAA